UUCCUCAGCGCCUCAGCCUGGUGAAAAUAGGCAGAAUUAUGAACCUCAUGACAAUAGCGGAGACGCAGCUUUGAAGAUCUCGCACUCUGAGGCGCGCUGCAGGUGCAGCUGUCGGAGAUCGCGCCUGCCAUUAUCGGAUCAUUGUCGCGUGGGCGUCCAUUCCAAGAUCACGCACGGGUCGUAUUCUCCAGCGUGCUGCCUGACGAAAGCAUCGACGGACAAGUCAGGAAGGCCAGACUUGAAGCUUGAAUAUUGAACGUCAGGCUUGAUUCACAAGGAUGGCAACAGGGAGGUCGCCUUCUCCAUCGCAGGCGAUACCAAAUGUGACCCCCGCUAAAGACCCUGCCCCAGCAAUGACAGGAUCUUCCGUCAGAUCGUACGCGGCCGCCGCGUCGUCCCAUUCUACUGCAGGGCCUGUCAUCGAGCUGGCUGGCGUAGCUGAAUUUGUGGAAGAACCUCCACCACUAGAAGAGCUCAAUGUCGGCAGCGGGAGCUCCCCACGGUGGCAUACGGACGCAGGCGUUGAUGUAUCCUCUCUCGCCGGCAACAUCAGCGAUGACGGUCGUGACGAGUAUCGCGAUAUGUCCCUGCCGGAUACAUCACCCAAAGGCCCAUUCGCACCCAGUGAAUUCCAGUCGAAGCGAUCCCGAUACUUUCAACACGGCGCUUCCGACGAACCAGUGUUCAGUGUCGUCGAUGGCUUACCAGCGAACUCACGCAAGGUGGCAAGACUUGAUCGUCUCGAUGCAAAUAUUCAAGACUUGCCCGUCGCCGAAAUUCGUUUCAAUGAGGAAGCCAACAGGAUGGACGUCACGACUGAGUCUACGAACCCUCAAGAGUUCCCUCCGCCUUUUUAUCCGCAUGUUGUGGAUGUGGAAGAAGACUGGUCGCAAUUCUAUGAUGCAAAUAAAGCAUCCGCUGCCUCAAACUUAGCGGGGCCCACCUCGACUCCGCUUCCAUCAUUACCAGUGUACAACACGCCGGCAAGGCUUCUGCAUGAUACUAGUAUCAUUUUCGAUACGCGCAAUGAACGUGCCGUCAAAGUCCAAUUUCAGAAACAAGGAACGACAAGCGGGCCAGAUUCGACCGGAGACAAAGGCAACGGGAGUAACCGCUUGGGGUUUCCCACCCAAACAGACUUGGAGUCCCUUCUGCCACAUCCGAAUGCGUACUUCCUGCCAUCGCUAAUGGAGUGGGUUGUUGUUGCACCCAGCGAUUCCUUUGUAGCGGGUGUGUCACCACGAGUGGAGUCGCCAAAGCCGUGGGAACAUGUUUUCGACGAGACGCCGCUAUUCGAAAUGGAGGAGGUAGAUAUUUCUCCGGAGCUACAAGCCUACCCAAUUCCGAAAGGACAUGCACCCGCAUCCCCAGACCUUCCUCCAGAGGCAUACCUCACCACCUUCAAAGGGCUGACAAGCCGAGGUGGCCGACAGGAUAAGAUCGUAUUUGUUAGCCAAGCGAAGGCCAUCCCAGCGAUCUUAGACGAAGCUCUUUUACUCCGUCUCCGAUCAACGCGGCUCUCCAACCCUCCACCAGGUGUGGACGACACAGCGCAGUACUUUGAUGGCGCCGUGCGGUUGAUCUUACGCAUGCUGGCCGGCGCAUUGAACGGAAAUACCCGGGCCGUCAUCGUGGAGAGCAAGACUGUCACACAAAAGCUCGGGUGGGAUGAAAUCGCGCGCGACAUAUUCUUGCGACUGGGUUGGAAGCUGGAAAUCGUGGCAGAGGACGAUGCGCGGCAGGCGAUUAAGCCGCCCAACUUGCUGACGGCUGAUGGCAGAUCGGCUGGCCCGGGUUGGCCUCGCAUGGGCAGAGCGUGGCUUGAGCUGUACCUCUGGGCUCAGCAUUGCCGCGAGAAGAUGUCCAUUAACGAACCGGAGAGUGAGACCCGUACCGAUUCACCUUUCGUACCAGUUGCCAUAUCCGCUAUGGGAUCGAUAGAGCGUAUCUUUGCCUUUGACAAGACUCAAUUGGACCUUUCCCUCGGCCGGAACCCACCGUCCGAACGCGCAAGAUUGAGCUUGGAGUAUCUUGGGGUUCAUGCGCAAGACGCCGACGCCACCAUCAAGGCGGCAUAUGAAGCAGCCACUACAAGAGAUAUACGUCUCGCGCCGAGGCUGCUGUCGGCAGUCGAGUACCUCCUGAUGGACCAGCGCAAGGAAUCGAUCAUAUUGCCAGUCAUUCUGACCGAGGAACGGUCCAGGGGUCAAUGGACAUUUGACGAGCUUGAAAACUCGUACGCGCUCAUCGGCAUUGAGGGCACCAAAUUCGAUGCAAGCGACGAAAUCGACAUAACCUUUAUCGCAGGCCUGUACGAGGGCAAAAUCAAACAAGCCCAACAGUCAGAGUCCGUUGCAAAUAUGGAAAACCUCAAAAGAGCUCUUCAAGUGAUUUGCCGGUCGAAAGGAGACCCGCCGGAGCUUGUGCGGUUGUCGGAAGCUCACUCAGGAAUGACAUUGGCGCAAGCAUACAGUCGGCUUCAGGCGCCAGAGCCAGUCGAAGAUGUCGACGACGAGUCUCUGUCGAUGCUUUACAACGUUCGGCUCGGAGACGACCCCGCACGAACAGAUGAGUGGAGACAGGCCCUGCAUACCAUCGCCCUCGCGAGGCAGAGUGGGAUGUUGCUGCGACUCUCUCAGGGACAAUCAUCUAGCGCGCCAGAUCCUUGGGCCUCGGCAGCGGACCCGGAACGCCCAGCAGGCCUGAAUAACAUCGGCAAUACUUGCUACCUGAACUCUGUCUUGCAAUACUUUUUCUCCAUUCGUGAGAUCCGAGAACGUGUGCUGGAAUACAGCUCUAAGGUUGGGAUAUGGGAAAUGCCAAAGGCACUUCGAAGAAUCGGAGGUCGCCAGGUUACAGCUCGUGAAGCAGAACGUUCGCAUAAAUUCAUCUUGCAUCUUGCGGCUUUAUUCCAGAAUAUGAUCAGCUUCCCCGCGGCAGCAGUCACUCCGGAACGAGAGCUUGCGUAUCUGGCGCUAGUGUCAGCGCGUGCGGAGGAGCAGGACGAAGCAAUGCGUCAGCUCGCUGUUGAGCAAAGUACAUCGCCCAAAACAGUGCCGGAGCGAGGCUCUUUGGAGAAUUCCACAGGUAGUGCGGGAACCGAUACUACGCUUGUUGAGGAGGCAGCGGCGGCUCUGCCAGCUUCCGACGGCCCUGCAACUGCUCCACCCCUUGGACCUCCGUCACUUCCUGAGCGCAGAGUGUCGCUUAUGCAAGUUGGUGCACAGCAGGAUGUCAGCGAAUGCUUGGACAACGUCAUGUUUCAACUAGAGGUUGCCCUUGGCACUCUCAAUGACGAAUCGCCGGAUGGCUCCGAGGCGCAGCCCAAAGACGCGACCCCCGGCGAUGUUCUGAUGGAGAUCAAAGUAGAUGGGGGGGACGAAGCUCCCGUUGCAGAACCCAGCUUGCUUUCGGCUCUCUUUCUUGGAGAAACGGCACAAAGGCUACAACUCCUCACCAACAUCAACGAAGGGAUAAUCACUGGGUCGAGCAGCGAGGUUAAGAAAGAAGUUUUCAAAAUUCUUCUCGUGGACGUUCUCGAAGAGGAAGGGCGAGACAUCUACGACGGUCUGGACAGCUUCUUCGACGAAGAGGUCAUUGCCAGCGGCGAGAGUAGCAAGGCAGUACGCCGCUCUGUCACACUGUUGCGACCGCCGCCCUUCUUGCAAAUCCAGCUCCAACGUGUUCAGUUCGACAGAGUGCGCAGCCGGGCGUUCAAAUCACAAGCGCACAUGGAAACUCAUGAGACCAUCUACCUCGAUCGAUACUGCGACUUCGAUCCAUCUGUACCGGAAGAUGCCAAACGCCUUGAAACCCGCAAACUUUCACAAUCCUUGCGCCGCGAAGCAAGAGAGCUGCGGGCAAAGGCAGAAUUCUUGCGAUCGGGGUCAAAAGCCCUCACAUCAAGGUCUCAACGAAUUACCGAGACCUUGACAGACACCGCUGCGUUCAUGGAAUUCCUGCGAGACCAGCGCGACGGUACCAAAAGAGUUCUGAGUGAUGCGUUGGACAGCAUUGAGUUCGAUGAGGCUCUUCCGCUGGAGCUACGAGCACACGCCGCUGCCGUCACAGAAGAGCUCAAGAAAAUCGAGGAACAGCUCCGUGCCAUCAAAGCGCAAACCACAUCGCUGUGGAAAGAUGAGACAAGGUAUGAAUACGUCCUCGUCAGUCUUUUCAUGCAUCGAGGCGAAGCUACUCAUGGGCAUUACUUUUUGAACCAGCGCAAGCUCCAGUCAAGUCAAUCCGGAGUGGACGUCUGGUUCAAGUACAACGAUAGCAUGGUUUCCACAGCUGAUGUCAAGGACGUCCUACGAGAUCCAACAUCUGCCAAUCCUUAUCUCGUUUGCUACGUCCGAAAAGAUUUGCAGGAAAGGCUGCACCUCGUGGAAACGUUGAAAAGAGAAUUCUGAGCUUCCGUCGUUGUUGCCCGCGUACCCCACCUGCAGUAAUAGAGUAUUGCAUCUCAACUGUAUUCUAGACAUCUUUGCACCCGUGCGUGUCUU